CACGGGCCGAAGCGGCUUCAAACUCACCUCAACCUCCAAACUCCCUCAUCUCCAACGUCCUCGCCUUGUCUGCCGUCAUUGCACCCCAUCCACCCGGACAAUGUUCCUCCAACGCACAGCCUUCGCCCUCGCCCGGCGCACCCCUACCCGGGCCCUCGCUGCUCGCCCCUUUUCCUCCUCCGUCUCCCGCUUCCAGAACAAGUAUGAGGUGAAGCAGGAGGGCAAGAUCCUUCCUUUCGAAGAGAUCAAGACCGAUGACGACCUCAUCCCCCCGGGUGCCAAGGCUGGUACCGUUCCCGUUGACAUUGAGCACGCCACCGGUCUCGAGCGUCUGGAACUCGUCGGAAAGAUGCAGGGCAUUGAUAUCUUCGACAUGAGGCCCCUCGAUGCUUCCCGCAAGGGAACCCUUGAGAACCCCAUCAUCGUCCGCGGUGCCGGUGAUGAGCAGUACGCCGGUUGCACCGGUUUCCCCGCCGACUCUCACCAGGUCAACUGGCUGACUGUCUCCCGUGACCGCCCCCACGAGCGUUGCGGCGAGUGCGGUAACGUCGUCAAGCUCGAAUACGUCGGUCCCCUGGAGGACCCCCACGCUCACGACCACGCCCACGACCACGGCCACCACCACCCUCCCCACGUCGAGCCCAAGACCUUCGCCGACUUCGUCAAGCCUGAGUACUGGUACCGGUAGAUUUAGUCCCACACACCCAUACCACUCACUACGAUAAUGGAGCGAUUGUCCUUUUCCUUUCCCGUUUUAUAAAAAAAGACAAUCCCGACAGUGUAUGUAUGUAUGUGCGCGGACGGGCGGGGCGAGAGAUGUAGAGGUCGAGAUGGAGCUGUGAGGUAGAGAUUCUUUGUACAAGAGAUUGUUGGCCAUGGCUACUAGUUCUUAUUCAUUGUUAUUGUUGUCGUCAUCAUCGUCGUCUUCGUAUUUGUUGUUGCUGAAGUACCUUGUAUAUGUUUUGAUGAUUCUUAAGAAUUGGGUAUAUUCAGUAGGUCGUGUUGUAGUGUGAUGUGGUGGUAUCUCUUGUAUUUCGGAUCCUCUCGUUUCUGUCUAUCUCUCCAUCUCUGACUGGCUGACUGAC